AUGAUUCAGCUUAUUCGAAACAUUCUUGCUGGAGAAGGUUCACUUUGGGUUGCUUGGAUAAACAAUUAUGUGAUUAAGAACAAAGAUUUCAGAGACUUGAGUGAAAGUCCUACUUAUAGUUGGGGCAUAAAUAAACUUUUAAAGAUAAGGACAGAGGCUCUUCCCAUUCUUAAUGCAGGUGCUUUUAAGACUAAAGAUAUAUGGGAAGAAAUUAGAGAUAAAAGAAAUAAGGUACCCUGGCAUAAAGUGGUUUGGUUUCCUCUCCAUAUUCUGAGGUUAAGUGUAAUUACUUGGAUGACUAUUCUUGAUAGGCUCCCAACUCGGGAGAGACUUUCUCGGAUGGGAAUUCAAACUGAUGGUCUAUGUGUCUUAUGCAAAGAGGAUAUUGAAACUAGGAAUCACUUGUUUAAUGAUUGCAACUUUGCUAUAUCCCUGUGGAAUUCAAUAUUGCAACUCACUCACUUGUGCAAAACCCACAUGUCUUGGGAAGCAAGAUUAGAUUGGUCUUGUAAAGACUGGAAGGGUAAAUCUCUUAUCUCUACCAUUUUGAAGAUAGCAUGGAUUGCAUACAUCUAUUUGAUUUGGGAGGAAAGAAAUAGGAGAAUCUUUCAAGGAAUGAAUCGAAACGUGGAUCAACUUUUGAAGAACAUCAAGGAGCUUGUCGAAUUCAACUAA